CGGCGCCACCGCCGCCGCCGUCGGAUAAUAAUAAUGAUGAUUGAUUGUCAAUAAAUAAUUGACACCAGUGUCCAGUAAGUUGGCUGGUUUAGCUUCUGCUUUGUCUGUCCUUGCGUUCCCUUUCGUAUUUACAUGGUUUUCCCGAGCCGGAAAAACGGAUAUACACCUUAGGAGACCAAGUUACACGACUAGCAUGCGCGGUGGCCUAUAAGCAAUAAUGGCUUUCCUGUGUCCCGUGAGAAUACGCCGAGGCAAGAAGAAAAAAAGUGGUUCUACCAGCGACUUGGACAAAGAAGUGUUACGAGGAACUAACGCUAAUGGACCGGUUCCUGGUAUGGGGCGUAUUACCGGCAGUGCCUCCAUUGAGACGCUGGUGCGUGUCGGGAUCGAGAAGGAAAAUGGCUUGUCGCCUGAUAGCAAAAUGGUUGUACUUCAUGAUUUUACACCGUGCGUUGAUGAUGAGCUAACUGUGAAACGAGGCCAGGUCGUCAACAUCCUAUACCGAGAGAAUGACUGGGUAUAUGUAAUUGCGGAGGACAGUCGUCAAGAAGGUUUUAUACCUCAUUCGUAUUGUACACCUUAUAAUUCACAACUUGGUGAAAUAGCUUUAAAUAAUGUCAAAAAGAAAUUACCACGUGCACCAGCUGCUACACCAACUGAAACUGUUGUUGAAGUUGAAAUCAAUGAGCAACAAAAACAUGGUAAUUGUGGUGAUUUAUCUGAUUGUGAAAGUUUUGGCAAUAAAACUCAAGAUCACAAAAAUCAAAACAAACAGAACAUUAGUAGCUCUAGAGCUUCUUUAUUAAGUGCGUCUUCACAUCCUGAGAUCCGACCAUUUUUUAAAGACCCUGCAGGGCGUUACAUUGUGCUAUACACUUUCAUAGCAAGAGAUGAGAAUGAUGUAAGUGUGGAGAGAGGAGAAUUUGUGACUGUUUUAAACAGAGAAGACCCUGAUUGGUAUUGGAUUAUUCGCAGUGAUGGACAGGAAGGUUUUGUUCCUAGUGGAUUUGUAUAUCCAGCUGAUAUAAUACAAGGGCAUAUAAAUCAAAUGAAUAAUAAUCAGUGUGCUGGUACUACUAAUACUGGACUACCUCCGGUUACACGAGCACGUCCACGUAAAAACUCUUGUGUGGCUGAUGACGAUCCAGCAAUUCAUGGUACUGAAAUGGUAAUGCUUUAUGAUUAUAAGCCUCAAGCCCCAGAUGAUCUGUCAGUUAAGCGUGGUGAAUGGAUAUAUGCAGAUCUUGACAAUCAAAUGGUUGAAGGGUGGUUAUGGACUUAUGCUCCUAAAACAAGAAAAUACGGUUUCAUACCUAAAGCAUACGCUCAUCCACCUGCUAUGACCAGUUUGUGAAUAUAUUACAGCUGAUAUUGUUGGAUCGUUAUUCAUUACUAUAAAAAAAGUAUUAUUUUAAGUAUUAAAUAAGUACUCUAACCCGAUAAUAUGUAAGCUGAACAUAACUCCUUUAUUUCUGUUUACUAUUCUUCUUAUACCUUCGAUGAUCUUUCAAAACCAAUAAUUGUGAUAUUUUGUAGGAUAAUGGGAUUGGUAAUGAUAAAAUAUUUAGACAAAUUAAUAUAGUUUUAUAAUAACAAUAGAAUACUUACAUUGUUAUAAUAGUAUUAUUAUAAAUUAUGAAUAUAAUCUGUUUUCCACCUUAUAAAUGUUAUUGUUUGGAAGAAUCAAAAUAAGACUUUGAUUUUAUCUGUAAAAAUGUUAUGUAUAAAACUAAAACUAGGACUGCAAUGCGGUUCGCUGAUUGCAAAAAAUUGAGCUGAGCGAAGCUUAUAUGCUGUUUGUCGGCUUAUAUUUGCUCCUUUUUUUAAUCGAGGCAUGUUUCAAAUAUAUUUGUUGUGAAAUUAUUGAUUUAUGGCGGAUCUAUGUUUCUACGGAAACAAAAUUAAGGUAUCAAAAUUUAGUUUUUCGGUAAUUAUUCAUCGAUGGUAGGUAGGACAUCGAUCAAAACCACUUUUUGGCACUCAGCGAUGUCCACACUAUCACCGUGCCAAGUUUGGUUAAUCCGUUGCAAAGAAGUAUGCCGUUUAGUAAACGGCUAUCCCGUGUAUAAGACCUUCGCCUCGCUCAGCUCAAUUAUUUAAAAUACAGUUAGUCUCAUCUUAAUGAAUAAAUCUUAAUGAACUCUCAAAGAAAUCUUAAAUUUUCGCCAAGAAUACUUGAAUUAGCACUGACUGUUACUUAUAAAAUAAGUAGGAGACCAGGGGGAUGGCUGAUUAAUAAUAUCCACUAAAGUUCACUGCCUUUUAUUUGAAAUUAUUCAUGGUUAGAUACAUAUAUUAUAUAUAUAUAUAUAUUAUGGUGAUUGAAGUUAAGAGACGAAAUAUGUCAACAAACAUAAGGUUAGAAUUGUGCUACUCUAUCCUUUCCUAAUGACAGUGUAAGAGAUUUUUUGAAGACUUCUUGUUAUUUAGGUUUACAAGAUUUGAGAUGUAAAGAUUUUUCUGUUUAUUGAAAUAUAUCAUACAUUUAAAUGAACUUUGAUUAAAGAAUUUAAAAUAUCUUUAAAGGCCAAAACGUUGUACCAAAAAAGUUGCAUCUGUUUUCCAUUUUCAUAGUCUAUGAUAGUUAUUUUAAAUGUAAACAUGUUUUUAGAGAAACUAUAAAUUUAAACGAGAUAGUGCAAACUUUAUAUAUGUUUUUUUAUAUUGAUGUAACACUUUUGAUGAAAAAAGAAUGAGAGUCAAAAACAGUAUUUUAUUACCCAAGUUGUAUAAAAAAAUAUUUAUGUGAUAUUUAAUUGUUGAAUCAAAAUUAAGGAAAGCAAGUAUCAAAUUAAUAACAAUUUAUGUUUUAAUUAAUUGUAUUUUUGUGCAACCAGAUAUUAAAUUAUAUCAAAGUUGAUACUUUUUCACUUUAUUAAAAAUAUAAUAAUAUGAUAUAUUUUUAGUUUGAAUAUGAGUAUACCAAUGAUUAUAAUGUUUUUGUAUGUAUUCAGUGUUUUUUUACUUGAAACAUUUAUUGUAUUGAGCCAUUCUUUAGAGUUAAUAGAUAUGAGUUAUUUUAUGUUAUAUAUUAUAUAAAACUAGAUAUUAUAAUAUGACUAAGUAAUUAUGUAUUGCUUUAUUGUUUAUUUUGUGUCAAUUAUCUGGUUAAAAGUGUUUUAAACCCUUUUUUUGGUUGAAUAUGAAGUAUAAUAACAUGUAUCUGUGAUGAUAGUCCACAACUGGAUAGACAGUUUUAUAAGAAAAUAACAGUAAAUAUUAGUUAAAAAAUAGUGGUUAAUAUGUUCAAAUCCGUCCAUUUUGAAGUUGUGCCAUACUGCCAUUGUACUUUAAUUAGUUUUAUAAGACUGUAUUACUUUAAAUUACUUUUAUAUAACAUUAUAUUUUAAUCCAUAUUAAAUGUAUACAAUAAAAUAUAUUAUUAACAUCUAUUUUAUAUUUUACAAUAAAUUUUAGGAAUGAAAGUA